AUGCGUUCCUGGUGUGUGCCGCUCCCACCUCUCUCUGGACCCCCUCCGUGUGCAAGCCUUGGUGGCUGUAAGCCCCUCUCCACGACCACUCGUGGCAUUGCGUAUGCGGAUGACGAUGAUGAUGCAGCUACGUCUGGCGCUUAUUUAAUUGCCGUGGGAGCUUCUGGAUCGCUAUCUCUGAGCAACUGGAACUGUCAAGGCUCUCUCGUGCAGCAAGCCCUCGUGUUUCCUACCCCUGUUUCUGCCGCUGCCGCAUUCGUUCCUGCAGCCAAUGCUCUUACCCGUGCCUUUCAGACUGCAGGUCAGUCAGAUGUCUUCGCACUCCAUGAAGGCGCUCCAAGCCUCGAAACUUUCGCUGCCUGCUUGUCAUCAGAGUCAGUCUCUGCAGCAACUCUAAAGGCAGCUGCAACACCCCCUGGCUCUGCAGAUGGCCUGCGCAAACUCCUACUGGCGAGCCGUGUUUCUGACGCCCUCGGACAGCUCAACGCGAGCUUCCCGCUCAAAGAUCCCAAGCGGGCGGAAGCGCUGCAGCACUUUCAUCUGCUUGCCGGGUGGAGUCGCUUCGCAAGUUUGAAUUUCUCGGUUGCCUUCCAGCACUUUGCCCAUGCCCCCCUCGAUCUUGGUCAUUUGCUCAGUUUCUGGCAUCGCCUCUGGCCUUCCUGGCUGCAGAUGCCGUUGCUUGAAGAAACUCAGGAGCUGCUCAAGAUUUCUCCCUGCGCGCUAGUGCCUCCCCCGAAGGAUCUGCAGGAUUUUGGUGAGCCAAGAGACUCUGUGCGAUUGCCUUGUAGGCGUCAGUUGCGUGAGGCUGACGCACUUUUUAAACGGUAA